CCUAGAGAUGAACGUAGUCAGCGCUUAGACGACUUUUCGACAGAGGACCGCGUAACUGCUGUGGGAAAUCUCAAGUCACCGCAAGCCAACAUACUGAAGCCAGUGCUUUUGAACUUAUGGAUGCAGGAUAGUAUAUGUCAACUUAGUCGCGGAUCACUCGUUGAAGCUGGAGACACUGAAGAUUGGAAUACGAGAAUCACUAAAAUAUUAAUAUCAUCAAAUUGACUAACUUAAUAGUGGAAGAAGUAGACAAGUAGAAGAAACUACGGAGUAGGAUCAAUCUUUUAUCUUGGCUUUUCUAGGACAGCAAUCAUCUGUUGGUUUCAUAAGAUUUGUCCUCUAUGCUGCUGGGUUUACAUCUUCAUCGCGUAUAAACGCCAAUUCUCCACCAGAAGGGCUGCGACAGGAGCGUGGUCUUUCACCUGAUUCUGCUGGACCUCUAGUACCGGAUUUGUCGUCAAACA